GUAGCCUAACUUGAAGAAGGUUUCAAAUCUAUUUUCCUUUUCUAUAUACUCCAUUUUUAAUAGAGAGAAUCCCUCUAUUAAAAUCUCAUAUGGGCAUGUCAGAAACUUGAAAUUUUCUUUUCCUUAAUCAAAUUAAACCAAAUCUCUCUCAUUCAAUUUAUGUCCAAGUUUUAAUUUUUCUUUCUCCAAAAGCCAAAACACAAAAACCCCAUCUCUGAAAAUACUUGCUUUUGGUCUCAAAAAAGAGAUUUUUAAACUUCAUCUUCUCUCAAAAUUCAUGUCCAAACCUCAAAUUUCUCAUUGCCCAAAAUCCAUAAUCCAAAAACAAACAAAACCCACUUCUCCAAAUCUUUCAUUUUAGUCUCAAAAAGAAAAAAGAAAACAGAGUGAGUGAGAGAGAGAUUGAAAGAAGAGAAUUUUAAACCUCUCUCAUCUUCUCUGAAAAUUUCAUGUCCAAAUCUCAAAUUUCUCAUUUGCCCAAAAGCCAAAAUCCAAAAACAAACAAAACCCACUUCUCAAAAUCCUUCAUUUUAGUCUCAAAAAGGGAAAAGAAAACAGAGAAAGAAGAGAUUUUUAAAGCUCAUAAUCUCUCAAAAUUCAUGUCCAAAUCUCAAAUAUAUCAUUACCCAAAAUCCAAAAUCCAAAAACAAACUUCUCAAAACCCUUCAUUUUAGUCUCAAAAAGGGAAAAGAAGAGAUUUUUAAACCUCUCAUCUUCUCUAAUAAAUUUCAUGUCCAAAUCACAAAUCUCCCUUAACCCAAAACUCAAAAUCCAAAAACAAACAAACCCCACAUCACAAAACCCUUCCUUUCGAUCCCAAAACUCAAAAUGAGAGACAUUGUAUCAUGUUUCAGCGAAAACUCAGUGACUGUAUCAAACCCAUUAUCAUCAUCAUCAUGUUCAAACUACUCAACAGCAUCAACAUGUAUAACAACAACACCAGCUUCUUCAAUUCCCUCCAUUCAAAACGCCGUCGUUUCAAUCCACAGAGUGAUUCUCUCAAACCCCCCAAAAAAACACAUCAUUGUAAAAACCACAUGGUGUCGAAACAACUCAGUACAAGGCUUAACAGUAUCAUUCGGUGAAGACCCAUUAGCCACAAUGAAACUCAACAUAAACUCUCGUUUGUUUCGCAAGAAAAAGGGUAGCAAAAUCUUCGAUUCCCAUGGCUCAAAAAUCGAACUUUAUUGGGAUCUUUCCAACUCCAAAUUCGAAAACGGACCAGAACCCAUUGAAGGGUUUUAUAUAGUGGCAACAUUCGAUUCAGAAAUCGGACUCAUUUUAGGCGAUUUGGGUGAAGAUUUUGUUUCCAAAAAGCUCAAAAACAAAACCCAAAUGGCCAAAACAUCUCUAAUCUCACGCCAUGAACAUUGCUCUGGUAACACUCUUUACUCUACAAAAGCUCAGUUUUCUGAAACAGGGGUUUCUCAUGAGGUUUUAAUCAAGUGUAGUGGAGAACACCCUGUUCUUGUGGUGAGUAUUGAUAAGAAAGUUGUGAUUAGAGUUAAGAGACUUCAAUGGAAUUUUAGAGGGAAUCAAACCAUUUUUGUUGAUGGGUUAUUGGUUGAUUUGCUUUGGGAUGUUCAUGAUUGGUUCUUCAAUUCUUCAUCAUCAUCUGGAUUUGCUGUGUUUAUGUUUAGAACAAGAAGUGGUUUGGAUUCAAGGCUUUGGUUAGAAGAGAAAUUAAUGGCUACUCAGAAUAAAGAUCUUCAAGAAAAGCUUGAGUUUUCUCUUUUGAUCUAUGCAUGUAAGAGUAAGACUUCUUAAUCAUUUUUUUUUUAUUUUAAUUAUUUUGAUUUUUUUUUAAUGGGGUUUGAUUCUUGUUGGAAGGGAAAAUAGAAUACUAAUUUUAAUAUUUUUCUAUCUUAUUUUGGAAAAGAGAAAUAUAAUUCUUAGAAGAAGCUUUGUAAUUUUGUAGAAGAUUUGUUUUUGUUAAUGAUUAAAUUUAACUUAGAGUUUUAUGAUU